AUGCGCGUGCUUGUCUUUGGAGGCAAUGGACGAAUUGCCAAAGCCAUGACUAGCUUGAUGCUGGCGAGAUCCUGGCAGGUAAUAAGCGUCAUCAGAAACCCGAGCCACACGAAGAGCAUACAAUCCCUCGGCGACGACCAGAAGGGAGCAGUCAACGUUAUUUGCCUUGAUCUGAACGAUUUGCAAGACUCCGGUGAUGUUCAGCGAAGGAUCUUGGAUAAUCACAGGCCUGAUUGUGUGGUAUUUGCUGCCGGGUCUUUCUCGGACGUGUAUGGAAUUGAUCGGGACGCAGCCAAGAUCGUCAUCAAGGCAGUGACUUCGCAUCCUUCGGUGAAAAAGUUUCUGCUGAUUUCGUUUCCUGCAUCUCGUCGGAAGCCGGCUCCAUGGUGGAAUCGUCAGGAUAUUAGGGACUAUACCCAGGAACAAAGAUCCUAUCCAGAAAUUGCCGAGGCGAAGUUGCAGUCUGACGAGUACCUGGUUGCUAUGUCUAGGAAACGGAAUCUCCAGGACAGUGCCGGCUUCCAGGCUAUUAGCCUAAGACCUAGUUGGCUUCUGACUCGCCCAGGUACUGGCAAAGUGCAUUUGGGUAAGACCCGAGCCCUGGGCCAAAUCCCGAUUCAGGAUGUGGCCGCUGUGGGAGUCAGCCUGCUUUCGAGAGAGGAUACUAAUGGCUGGUACGAUGUUUUACAGGGGAAUGAUGCUAUUGAUGAGGCUAUUCAGAAGGUUGUUCGUGAUGGGGUUAAUACUAUUGAGGGCGAGGACGUUGAGCAAAUGCUCGGCUCUUCCGGUUUGAAAGUCUCAAAGGUUGUGCUAGGUUCUGCCCUACCUCUUAUUAAGCAUGCUUAUGAUCAAGAUAUCAAUACCUGGGAUGUUGCAGACACCUACUCGAACGGCCGCUCCGAAGAGAUCCUAGGAAGUGCGUUGAAGAAGUAUAACAUUCCAAGGUCAAAAAUGGUCAUCAUGACCAAGUGCUUUCAUGCAGUGGACGAAUCGCGCGGCCCUUUAAAUGCUGCCGAGUUUGCCAUCAAUGAUGGCCCAAGGGUGAAUCAAUGCGGAUUGUCCCGCAAACACAUCUUUGAUGCUGUCGAUCGGAGUGUAGAGCGUCUCGGAACGUACAUCGAUGUGUUGCAAAUUCACCGACUUGACCGGGAUACCCCUAUGGAGGAGAUCAUGCAAGCUUUGAAUGAUGUAAUUGCAAGUGGCAAAGUACGCUAUAUCGGAGCAAGUUCGAUGGCCGCAUGGGAGUUCCAGAUGCUCCAGAACAUCGCGGAGAAAAAUGGGUGGAAAAAGUUCAUCUCUAUGCAAGGGUUCUACAAUCUUUUGUAUCGGGAAGAAGAACGUGAAAUGUUUCCAUAUUGCAACGCCACUGGCGUGGGGCUUCUCCCCUGGUCGCCACUGGCUGCAGGCGUUUUAGCUCAUACCUGGACAGAUAGGUCCGACAAACGUGAACAGCAGGACGUCUUCCUCAAGGCUCUUUUCCGAAGCCAAGAAGACAAAUCCGCAGAAGAAAUCGUCGGUCGAGUCAAUAGCGUAGCUGAGAAAAGGGGCAUCUCAAUGGCACAGGUGGCGACCGCAUGGGUUCUGUCCAAGAAAAAUGCAACGCCCAUUCUUGGUCUCGAUUCGAUCGAACGCAUUGAUUAA